AUGCAGGGAAAUAAGAAACAUACAGAAGGACAUAGUGACUCCUCAAGUAUUGGGAGUCUCCUGGAUGACACAGACAGAGAGGUGAGCAGCCUCACAGACCGGGCUUUCAAAAGUUUGUGUGUGGCAGAACUCGAAGACUCUUACAAUGAACCAGAUCUUGCCAUUUCACCUGACUUCGCCCUCCAGUUCUCUGCUAAAUUUCACCCAGGGACGUUAAACCAUACAAUCAAGAAAAGCAACGUCUGUAACAAGGUAACAGCAAGAAACAAUGAACAUGCAAUAUGGGCUUCAACAUUCCAGCAGUUACCGAAGUGUGCUCCGGAGGAGAAAAGGAUUGCUAAAAAUAACACCUUUGCCAUGGAAAGGAAAAAGCUGAAUUUGCCAGUCCCUGGUCCAAGGAACAAUAAACACAUUUCAAAAGUGUCCUCAUUGAUUAAGACAUUUGAUAAGACUGCAGACCAAGGGUCAGGAGAUUCCCUGAUACCCUUUAAGCAGCCCAUUAAGAACAGCUUUCAAAAAUGUAAACUAAAUCACGGAAACAAUAUGGCUUGCUGGGAUGAGGCAGACAUUUUAAGCAUCCACAAGGAACUUUCUGAAUUUUCUGAGGCUAAUCAAGGGAGCCACUGCCUCAGUGGCAAACAUGAGCCACAGAAAAGACCUAAUAAAAUAGACCUGAGUUAUUGUGGCUCUGAUGGUUAUUAUCCUGUGCUGAUUGAGAUGUCAAAAGUAGCCAAGUCAAAUUUUUCCCGUUCAUCUAAAAAGGCUUUAAAAAAUAGAAGUGUGAAAGUUAAUGAGCCAGCAAAAAAAGGUAAUUUUCUUCACAGUGAAAAUAGUGCUUUUGAAUCAUGGAAUGUUCAUCAUAAAAAACUGACUGAAAAAGAGGAAUUUGUUGGUAUAAAAACAAAAAAGGAAGGUCUUGCAUACCUGGAAGAAGCACCAUUUAUUAAAGGAUCCCGCACACGUGAACAUAAAUUACCACCUGCCAAGAUCACUGUCGCUAAGAAGCAGGAGAAAGAUUUUCAGAAGGAGUCAACUCCACCAGAAGCUCCUUUCAGCAUCCCUCUCCCAGCUGCAUACGUACCUCAGGACCCCCUCCCUUCAGAAACUGAAUUGCCUGCUGCUCUUCCUCCCACACCCCCGCUUAGGAUCCACGCGCACCAGGGUCCUGCUCGGCCACCCCCUGUCUCACAGGCACUUCCUCUUCCACCCCCCACCCAUCAGGGCCACCCCCCAGCACCCCCUAUGCCUGAAGGCCCUCCCGUGCCACCACCCCCAAUUCCAGCUCAGCUUUCACCCCCUGCCAUGUCCCAAGCUUCUGUCUCACCCCAGUCUGUGUCCUACAGGAUGGUUUCACCCUCACCCAUGUCCCAGGCACCCAGCCCACCUCCACCAAGACCCCUGGCCACCUUAACAGAAGAGGAGGCCCUCAGCCCCGAACUGGGCAAUGCCUGUCCACCCUGGAGGAGACAGAGGGCCACAAAAGGGGCAGCAGAGAAGAGACAGACUUCAAAGGAGCAUUUCACAGCCAGCGAGGAGACAGUUUCAUUGUAUGAAAAGGUGACUGGUGCUGAACCUGGUCUGGAUGUGACUCCUCUGGCUAAGCAGGUAAACUCCCCUGGAUCAAUCAGUCCCUCUUUCAACAUCACCGAACUCUUAACACCCAUCAUACCACAAAAACAGGAGGCAGACCCUGUGGAAAGUGAGCUGAUCCCACUGACACCUCCUCCCACUGAGAGCACGGCAGCAAGAGAGCACGAGGGGAACACGUUUGGUGAUUACAGGUCUCGGGAUAGUUACAAAUCGAAAGCAUCGAGUCUGUUAUUCAACUUGAAGGAUGUGCGUAAACGUGUUAAAAGCAUUUAUACCCCUUCUCCCCUGUUAAGGGUCUUGGAGGAGAAAAAUAAAACUAGGGAAAAUAUACAAGAGAGUACAAAAAUGAAUGCGUCACUCUCGACUUUACAAGACAAAAGUAACAAAAAUGUUACAGAGAAAGAUGAAUUGAGUGAUAUAACCUCCAUAUUGUCUGGUAGCACUCAUGAAAAUGAUAAUAAAACUGAUUUAACUGGACACUUUACAGACAAUUACCUGACUUUGAGUUCACCCCAGACAACAGCGGACUUUUUAUUUUACCAAACUGGAGAAAACUUGCAGCAAGACAAUUCAAAACAUGAAGGUCUGGUUAAAAACACAAGGGAUAAUGAAAACUUCCCCUUGUUCAGACGUGAAUCAAAUGAACCUGAUUUAAGGAAACGUCUGCAGUAUCCAGCACUGAAAUCAUUCAGCAAAGAUAAUACAGAUACAACAGCUGGGCAGCCCGUGCAAAAUCCCAGUGUCCAGGGUGAGGGAAAUGAGAGACAGGCUGCUAAGCAGAAUGAAGAGUUUGUCUUCAAAACACUCCCAAACCAACUCUCGCCAGCAGAGGAUGUGCCUUACAGUGACAUCCAAACCAGUAUGGUGGUGACUGGCCAUGAAGCAGAAGGCAAAAGAAGCAGUAGUUCUUCAGAGCAAUCUUUCGUCUCCACAGUAGAGCAGCCACUUCAGGAGGAGCUGUUUUCACCAGUGAUGCAGAAGGCAUGCCUUCAAGAAAGCCAAAGGACUAAGAGUGAAAUGAGUGCAGAUGGUAAGAGCUCUAGUAGUGGUGCAGCAGAGAAGAAGGAGGGUAGGGUUACUGGGAAUGAACAGAGGAGCUUGAUGAAAGAGAAAGUAAGGAGGGAGAAAAGGGAAGAGGCCAACAGCAUGGAUUCUGCUUCUGACAGUAUAAAAAACGUGUCCAUCCCCAGGUCCGAGGAGCCACAAACACCCCCAUCUUCAAGCUCAACCAAACCCAGUCUGUUUAUGAUUAAAGAUAACACAUUCAGGUCACCUCAGGUAAUAAGGGCUGUCAAGCUGCCCCUGUUCAGGUCCUUUUCCCUGGAUGAUACAGUGAGCAGCAGUUAUAAGGAAAUGGAAAGUAGGUUUGUGCCCCCAGCGGAGCACAACAAGCAGCACCGAAACAUGUUGCAUGCCCAGGACAUAGGCUGGUUGGCAUCAAGGCGCAGAGGGCAGCAGAACGUGAGAGAUGGAGCAACCGACAGUGGGAAAGAGGCCAGUGAGCCUGGAUCUACUUCAUCAACACUGGAUCCCAGUCUUCUGGAAGAUGCAGAGAGCUUUUCAUUAGGGAAGCUGAUGGAAGAAGAUGAAGAGACUUGUGCUUUGUUAAAUAAAGUUGGGAAAAUGAAUGAGGAAAGUGUCUGCAGAAGGAAAGAGAAGCCCCAGAUGAGGAAGGCAAGACACAGCUUAACACAGCCAAAUUUAGGUCUGGAAAAUGACCAAGCACAAAACAACCCCAGCUAUCCUGCCGAAAGAAAGACAUAUUACUUUAAGAAUCAUCAUUUAUCUAAUCGCAGAGGUGGCUCCUGCGCGAAAAAAAUAAUCACUAGGGACACCAUUUCCCCUGUGACUGGCUCCAUAUCAGAGGACCACACAUAUUCUCCUGUGCGCCAUGAAGCUUUAGAGGACACCCUACAUAGAGAAGGUGCACCGGUUUUGUUAGACAAUCUUACAAGCCCCAGGUCAGGCAGCACAAUGCACUCUACUGGUGCCAGUUCAUCAUCAGACAAGCCAAGAAGAGAGACAGAGGAUGUUAUAAACCCUGCCUUGUUAAACAUGGCACUGAAGAGCCAAGCUGAUAUGUCUGCAGAAGAGAUACUUGAAUCAGCACAGAGGAACCUGCCUUCUGAUUCUGCGGGGGAAGCUGAGAGACUGAAGCUCAGGGGACCUGGGGAGAGGGCAGCAGGCAAGCCUCCUGCUGUGCCACCGAAAACAGAAAAGGCUCUGCGGCGGGCCAAAAAGCUGGCAAGCAGGAGAAAGAAAAUGCAAGAGCAGCAAAAAACCCAUCAGACUGAGCAUACAGAUGCUGUAGGGAGAAAGUCAUCUCAUUCUGGACAGACACGAGCAUCUCACUCACCUUUGGGAUAUCCUCCUCUCCACCCUGCCCCUCACUCAACUUUUACUCCCAUAGAAGCCAGUACAGGAAGACUCAGUGGUGCACCAGCAGUAAGCCCUUCACCAUCUUCAACCCAGCGCAAACUCCUCCAAGACCCUGACUCUGGCCAAUACUAUGUAGUUGAUUUACCAGCUGAAGUUAAUUUAAAGACAUUUUAUGACCCAGAAACUGGCAAAUAUGUUCAAGUCUCAGUCCCUUCCUCAGAAAGGAAUUUGUACCAGUCCCCCUCUUCAGAAAUUACGAAUUCUCCCUGUGCCUCCUACCCUAGAGUGCUGCCUUUACCAGCUUCAUCUGUAGCAGUGCUGAAGUCACCUUCUCAGCUCUCCGAACCUACCUGUUUAAUGCCGGCUGUACCAGGAGAAGCAGCUGAACUGUCUGAAGAUGGCCAGCAGGACUGCAGAUAUACAGAAGGUGAGGAUACCCAGCCCUAUACUGAACCAGCCUCUUACCCCUACAGUCAAGAUGCUGAAGAAACUCAAGUUCACUUACGAAAGGACAUGAGCCCAACCCCAAAUACUGACAUAGUGUCCCUCACCAAUUUAGAUGAUCUUGCUGCUGAAGGAGUAUCUUGA